AUGAAGGCGGAAGACAGCCAACAGUCCCCACCUACCACGACUACAUUCUCCGCCGCAACAUGGCCGACGGCAAAAAUACCUAUAGACCCGGCACUGCAGCAACAGUCCCAGCAUCCGCAACAUACUGCGACUACACCGUACUCGCACUAUCAAUACGGCCACUACCAGACAAACUACAGCCACUACCCGCAAUACACCCAGCAGACGCAUCAAACUCAGACCGCACCAGCAACCCAGGCCCAGGCGCAUGUGCAGACGCCUCAGGUGGCCCAGACGAACGUCUCCACGGUCGUCCGACCUCUUGCACAAGCAGUGCCGCAGACACAGACGCAAUCACAAUCUGGAGUGGAUACUACGGAUGUUGCGACGCUGAAUGACGCGUUAGGGAGUGCGGGGGUUGACCUCAGGGCGGAAGAGGAGACCCUACAGCGCACAAAUGACCAAUACUACUCCUACCGUCCCUACGAAGACCGCUCGCGCAAACAACCCGAUAAGCCCCACUUUGACACUAUGUAUCUCGGAAGCAAGAUGCGUGCCACGGGCACAACACAUAAAGUUUCCACUGUCUCGAAGGAGUCGAUCGACUAUGUCGCCCUCGCCCUCCGUUUCCGCCUACAAGGACUCAUCACCGCGAUGAUCGCCGCCGCGAGACACCGAACGGACACGCAGUUUGACCGUCCCCCGAGCACGUACGAGGACGGGACACCCAUGUGGAGCAUUAAGGUCCGUUCGGACGUCGGCAAGCAGCUUGAAGCUCUGCAGAAAGCAUACCGCGAGGAAGACAUGAAGGAGCGGCGAGAACGCAAAGAGCGGCAAGAUGCGCAAGCCGCCCAGGCCGCGGCUCUCACCACCACAGCGAGCGGGGCAGGAACGGAUGCGGCGGCAGCCGACGGAGAGGACGGUGGGGGCCCAAAGAAGAAAAAGAAGAAGGAUGGCCCGGGCGUAACAGCGCGGAACAUGUCUGAGGACGUGCGCAAGAAGAUGUCGAACGCGGUCGCGAGCCAGGCCGCAGGGCUAGGCACGGGAAAGUACGCGUGGAUGUCAGCCGCGAGCGCGGCGACGGCAGCCCCGCCGAAGCCAAAGCCUGCCGUGGCAGCGAGGGCGAGCACCCCUGCAACAACGACGACUCCAGCGGCGAGUUCGACGAGCGCGGGCGGGUGGGCAAGGCCCUACCAGCCAAAGAGUGCGUCACAGCAGGCGCAGAAGGACGACGAUGGGCGGUUGGCGGUUACAUUGAGGGACGCGGUGUUUGUCGUGAACAAUGAGAAAGGACACGGGGGAGGGCGCGGGGCGGCCAGGGGUUGGACAUAG